AUGGCGGGCUAUGACACUUGUUUCGAAGUAAGCCCACAAUGUCCUGUUGAACUCACGACAUACGGUUACUACCCCAAUCUCGGCGGAAACAUCUUCUUCACGGUCGUUUUUGGCCUACUCGGAAUAUGCCAAACCGGUCUCAGCAUCUACUACCGAACAUGGACAUUCUUGAUAGCUCUGCUCAUUGGAACAUUUAUGGAAAUGGCUGGGUACAUUGGCAGGGUUCAAAUGCAUUAUAAUCCAUGGUCGGCACCUGCAUUCAAACUCCAGAUCGUGUGUCUGGUGCUCGCGCCGACCUUCGUCGCAGCGGGUGUCUACCUAACGCUGAAGCAUAUCAUUCUGACCUUGGGACCUGAACACUCGAUCUUGAAGCCGCGCCUUUUCACCUGGAUCUUCAUCGGAUGCGAUAUUGGCUCUCUUCUUUUACAAGCUGCAGGAGGUGGUGUCGCCGCAGCUGCUGGUAACGAUGACUUCCAAAUGCUCAAGGCAGGCGACAACAUUAUCAUCGCUGGUAUCGCCUUCCAGGUCGGGACCAUGGUUGUAUGUGGAUUCUUUGCUACUGUCUUCUUCUGGAGGGUCUUCAAACACGGUGAUGGGUUUGCGGGCGAGAAGAACCUCGAUGCACCGAUUAUUUCCAAGUGGCUGCCGUUCGUCGUGGGCGCCGAGGUCUUUGCCUAUGUCACAGUCUUGAUUCGGUGCAUUUAUCGUAUCCCGGAGAUGGCUGGUGGCUGGGGAAACCCGCUGAUGCAGAAGGAGAAUGAGUUCCUUCUCUUGGACGGAAUGAUGAUUACUCUCGCCUGUCUGGCCUUCACCGUCUUCCAUCCUGGAAAGUUCCUCCCAUCAUUGCGCUUCACGUCCAAGACCCGCACAUAA